UUGGGUGUAAAAUUUGACUUCACUUUACACAUCCUCAGCCUCAGCCUCAGCCUCAGCCUCAGCCUCAGCCUCAGCCUCAACUCAACAAUGGUUAGUCAAAGUACAAGUACAGAGUUAAAACAAAGGGCAAAAUUUAUUGUCUUCUUCAACUCCUGUCUUCAUCACUGGGCUGCUAAAUAACUCAAUUCUAUAUUAUUAUAAUCCAAACUCCCUAUUAAUAAUCCAAACAUCCCAAUUUCCCAUUUUCCCCUUUUCUAAAUUCUUCUGAUCGACUAACCAGGGUCAAUUGAAAUGUUUCCAAAAAGAAUCUCUCGUUUGAAUCAAUUGCGGUUGAAUUUUUCAAAUAGUCCAAUAUCAGAAGUCCUAUGAUUCCAUCAAUCACCGAUUUCUGCAUCAAUUUCAGUAGAAUCGCAGAAUUUUCGUGAUCGAAUUCUGUUAUGUGCAGAUCGAAAAUGGCGAUUAGAGCUUCAGACCCGGCCCGAAGCCCAAAAUUAGGCUCCAAAACGCCGAGAAGAGGUACAUCCAGAUCGGAGGCGGAAAAUCCUUCUUCUUCUUCUUUAUCGUCGUCGUCGAGAGCGCCGCAAACAAAUCUCUCCAAUCCAUUCCGCGGCGGCUACUCAUCGUCUUCUUCCGCCACUGCCGCCGGUGCUAGCUCCUCCUCCUCCGCCUCCUACCUCCUCGAUAGCUCAGUCGCCACCGCCUCCCUAUCCAGCCGCACCUCUCUCUCCAGCCUCCGCGACAACCUGCCGGAAAAAACUCAGGUAUACGAUUUCUCCGAAAUCCGCGCAGCCACCAACAAUUUCCUCGCGAAGAGGCACUCCUCGACCUCCUCCUCGUCGCAGUCGUGGCGCUGCGUCCUCAGCGGCAAGGACGUCGUCGUCUUCCAGCGGAAGCUCCGCAAAUCGACGACAAGCGCCGCCGCGAUGCAGAAAUUGUCGGUGAUCAGCAAAGGACAUUUCACCAGCAUCGUGAAACUCGUCGGAAUUUCAAUUUCCGGAGAGCACAUUUACCUCGUCUACGAAUACGUGCAGGGAUCGGACCUAGGGCAGUGCCUCCGCAACAAAUUCGAUCCCAAUUUUACAGUUCUGUCGACGUGGAUGUCGCGGAUCCAGAUCGCCACGGACGUGGCGUACGGACUCGAUUACAUCCACAACACCGCCGGAUUGAGCGUCGACAUGGUGCACAAGCACGUCAAGAGCAGCGGCAUUAUCGUGACGGAGCCGUCGUUCAACGCGAAGAUCUGCCACUUCGGCGCGGCGGAGCUCUGCGGCGAGGUGGGGGAGGAGGGGCGCCAGGCCGCCGCCGCGGGAGAGAGGCAGUUCGAGGGGGUGAGGGGGUACAUGUCGCCGGAAUUCAAGGCGACGGGGGUGGCGACGCAGAAGUCCGACGUGUACGCCUUCGGAGUCGUGAUUCUGGAGCUGAUGACGGGGCAGGAGCCGCUCAAGUACGUGUUCGACCGGAGCAGCGGGAGCCACCGGCUGAAUUCGGUGAUCGAGACGGCGAAGGCGGUGGUGGAGGGCGGCGGCGAGGAGGCGGUGGAGGGGUGGUUGAGGAGGUGGAUGGAUAAGAGGCUCAAGGACUCGUUUCCGAUCCAAGUAGCGGAGAAACUAACACGUGUCGCGUUACAAUGCGUGCAGGACGAUCCGGAAAACCGGCCCGAAAUGAAAUGGGUGUCGGGUAAGAUUUCAAAGCUUUAUUUGGAGUCUCGGGUUUGGUCCGACCGGGUUCGGGUUCCUACCGAAAUUUCCGUCUCCUUCGCGCCUAGGUAGCUUUUUUUUCCUCCAACUAAUUUUCACCCAUAACUUUAAUUUCCCACUUAUACAUAUUUCAAUUCAUAUUAUUAAUAUUAAUAUUAAAAUUAAAAUUAAUUUCAAUAUAUCGAUCGGUUUAAGAACAAGAAGAAUUCAAUGUAAACUUUCAUUAUGAAAUACACUUAUUAAUUAUUGGAGGUACGUAAGUGGGACUUUAAAAAAGUGGGAUAGAGGUAUCAAAUAGAUUUUCUUAGAUAGGUUAUUCAUAGUUGAGAUUUUAUUCUUGCAUACUAGUGUAUUAUUAUAAGUCUUACCAUAUUAUUCUUGAAAUAUGAUUCGUGAAUAUAAUUUUCCGGUUGUUUGCUUACCUUUUUCUAUAAGUUAUGUGUAUAUGAUUGGAAUGUGUAUAAAUUCUAAAAUAAAAAAGGAGAUGCACCUGAAGUCCUGAAUUACAUUUU